UCUCCCCCUCUCCCCUCCUUUCUUUCCUCUAGUACUCUAUAAAAUUGGUUCCUGCCACACAAGGCAGUAAGAUUUGUAUUGUUAUUGUAGACAUGAAGUCCAUUCUCUCAAUCUCAUCUGUUCUGUUGGUUUUAGAGCUCUGCUCAGGUGAGUGGUGCUACCAGAGUCAGUUUUCCUGUCAUGACACAUGUAGAGGACCUUCAGAGUGGAAGAGUCAUUUUCCUAAUUGUGGAGGUCAGAGACAAUCGCCUAUCAAUAUCGUCACACGCAAAGUCAAGCAUGAUCCAAAACUGACCAGUUUUAUCUUUGAUGGCCAUGAGAAAGUUUUCAAUAUCAGUGUGGAAAAUCAUGGACAUUCAGCUCACUUCACCCUCCCUCCAUUUGUGCGUCUCCGUGGAGGGGGUCUGCCAGCUACAUACAAGGCCGUCCAGUUCCACCUGCACUGGGGAGAGAACGGCGGCCAGGGCUCAGAGCACUCUGUGGACGGGGAGCGAUAUCCCAUGGAGCUACAUAUUGUUCACAUUAAAGAAAAGUAUGGCAGCUUGGGUGUGGUUUUAGAUUGGUAUAUGGUGUUGAGGGAAGAUAUUGUGACUUCUGGGCAAAACAAACAGUUGGACAGAGUCAUAGAGGCUUUAGGAAAAGUGCGAUAUGAAGGGAACAGCAGUGAAAUUGAAAAUUUUAGACUGACUGACAUCAUCCCUGAAGCCAGUAAACUGAGCUACUAUCGGUACUUGGGUUCAUUGACCACACCAGGCUGUGACCAGGCCGUUGUGUGGACGGUUUUCAAAAAGACUCUGCCCAUAAGCAAAAAUCAGCUGAUGUCAGUGGAUAAACAGCUGUUAUUCGGAACAGAAAAACCAAUGACUGGAAUAUUCCGUCCUGUGCAGAAUCUGAAUGGAAGAGUUGUGUACACAUCAGUGCCAGCUCACAGUCUGUGUGUCCUGCCCAAUCUAAUCACCCUGUUACUGUGCCUCUUUUGUGUUUUUGGACAACAAAGGCGUUUUCACUGAAUGGUAGAGAACACGUCUCUUUUAACACAGGAUGUUCUGUAUCGAGCUUCCAGAAACAAAGUAUAGCUAAUCAAUCUUCUGAGCACUGAACUGAAGGUACUGGGAUGGAUCUCUGUGCUAAAGCGGUGAAACCUGACAAUGGAGAAGAGAUUUCUUGUCAGCUGUCUCACUGGUGCCUCUUUUCAUGUCUUGGGAUAUUUUUCUUCAGUUGUGGCAGCUUUAUCUGGCUUUGGUUAUUUCAGGAUUCCUAUCUGUUUUCCAUUACUUUUUUGGUUGUUCAUGAUUACUGUAUUUAAAGUAUUUUAAAAUUGUAGAUAUAUUGCUGGGAAUGACUUCUAUUUAUAUGUACCAAUAAUUAUACUUGUAUAUAAAAAAGUCUUCAAAAAUACAAAAUAGCUUGAGAUUUGAAUGUGGCUCAUUUGAAGCUUUCUGAUCCUCCAAACUACGACGAUCUCACUAUGUACAUUUCAUUGACUUUUCCAUUACUUAUGACAUUUUAGUACAUUUUCAUGAUUUACCAGGCCUGCAAAUGCCAAUUUUUACUGUUGUUUAAUGUUUGAUGUUCUUAUGAUUCGCCUGUAAUUGAAUGUAUCAUAUGGCUAUGGUUUGAUGAUUAAAAUUGAUACAAACAUGUAAAACAAAUUGUGCAGGGCAUGUGAGGUGUAAGUUGUACAUAAUGUUUCCAAAGAUGUUAAUAAAAAUUCAAAUGAA